ACUCUAGAUGGGGUUGAGCGCGGCGACUAAAUGCACCCCCGCGGAGACUUGGGUAUGGCCGUGGGUGAGCGAGGACCCGCCAAGCCAUAGCCGCAGGCCACAGCACUCUUGCGGGGGGCAGCCGCCGCUCCCGGCCGCGGCCAUGGAGCGCCGGUUAUCACUGCCGCAGUAGAAUCGCCGCCGCAACGGAAUUACCACCGCAGCCCCCCCCCCGUGAGACGAUGGCCUUGCACUCGUUCUGCUCGGUGUUGGAAGUGUUACUAGUAACAACCUUUGUAGUGGAAGGGAUUGCCCUUGCACAGAAGACACAAGGUGGGCAAAAUAUUGGUGUGAAUCGUAUUCCUCCCACCCAGUGUGACAAUUGGGUACGGACAAGUAAUGGAGGACAUUUUGCUUCACCAAACUACCCUAACAUGUACCCACCAAAUCAAGAGUGCAUCUAUAUCUUAGAAGCUGCUCCAGGACAAAGAAUUGAAUUGACCUUUGAUGAGCCUUAUUACAUAGAACCCUCAUUUGAAUGUCGGUUUGAUCAUCUGGAGGUUCGAGAUGGACCUUUUGGUUUCUCCCCUCUCAUUAAUCGUUACUGUGGUUUGAAAAGUCCUGCACUAAUUAGAUCAGCAGGGAGAUUUAUGUGGAUCAAGUUUACUUCUGAUGAAGAGCUGGAAGGAAAGGGAUUUCAAGCAAAGUACUCAUUUAUACCAGAUCCUGACUCUACUUACCUAGGAGGUAUUUUAAGUCCCAUCACAGACUGCCAGUUUGAACUCUCAGGAGCUGAUGGUAUAGUACAUUCCAGUCAAAUACAACAAGAAGGAAAAACAAAACCAGGGCAACCAGUUGACUGCAUAUGGACAAUUAAAGCUACUCCAAAUGCUAAGAUUUAUGUACGAUUUCUCGACUAUCAAAUGGAGCAUUCAAACGAAUGCAAAAGAAACUUUGUUGCUGUGUAUGAUGGAAGUAGUUCUAUUGAAAACCUGAAGGCAAAGUUCUGCAGUACGGUAGCAAAGGAUGUCAUGCUGCAGACUGGGAUGGGUGUGGUGCGGAUGUGGGCAGACGAAGGCAGUAGGCUAAGCAGAUUCAGAAUGCUGUUCACUUCAUUUGUGGAUCCUCCCUGCUCAGGCAACACUUACUUCUGCCAUAGCAACAUGUGCAUCAAUAAUUCUUUAGUGUGCAAUGGCAUUCAGAACUGUGCAUACCCUUGGGAUGAAAAUCACUGCAGAGAAAAGAAAAUAACUGGAUGGUUUGAAAAAAUCACCACAACUCAUGGAACAAUCAUUGGCAUCACAUCAGGGAUAGUUUUAGUACUUCUCAUCAUUUCAAUUCUAGUACAAGUAAAGCAACCUCGCAAAAAGCUUAUGGCUUGCAAGACUGCUUUCAAUAAAGCUGGCUUCCAGGAAGUAUUUGAUCCUCCACAUUAUGAACUAUUUUCAUUAAGGGACAAAGAAAUUUCUGCAGAUCUGGAAGAUUUAUCAGAGGAACUUGAAAACUACCAGAAAAUGAGACACCCUUUAACAGCUUCCAGAUGCAUUCAUGACCACCACUGUGGUUCCCAGGCCUCUAAUACAAAACAAAGCAGGACAAACCUCAACUCCAUGGAACUUCCCUUCCACAAUGACUUUGCACAGCCUCAGCCAAUGAAAACAUUUAACAGUACAUUCAAGAAUAGUUACAUUUUCAAACAAGUGCAUGACUGCCCUGAGCAAGUCAUAGAAGACAGGGUGAUAGAGGAGAUUCCGUGUGAAAUUUAUGUUCAAAGAAGAGAAGAUAUGACACAAGGUUCAUUAUCUAUUGACUUUUGAUUUCCUAGUGAAGGUGGUAUCACUGCCUAUACAAGAUGCUUGUGUAUAAUUACAGUGUAUAUAUUCAAAGUGUAUUAUAUGCAGCGUGAGAUGCACACACUUUUAGCUUGUUAUACUUCAUUUAAAAAAAGUCUGCCUAACUAAUUCUUGCUGAGAAAUGGUGGAUUUCCUACCAUCUUCCCAAGCUACCUAUCUAGUCGAGGAGUAAGACAGAGACUUUGAAUGAAUAUUAUAAGUAAAGGAUAUUGGAAGAAAAAAGCAAAGAGCUACUAAUCAUUGAAGACUGAAACCGAUGAUACUAUUCUCUUACUCAUAUAAUUUUCUCUUCUUUAGACAUCUGCAUUUUAAGACAAUUUUAAUACCUCAGUUAGUUACAUAAAUAAAAGUGCAACGCAUGUACGUCAA